AUGAGCACCCACGACUGCACAGGAGGAACAGUCGAGACUGGGGUCGAUGCCUUCGGAAUACACUACUAUCAGCCUGUGUGGAUACUCGACCAGGACACAUUCUGUAAUCUCGAUCCCUCGACAGGUUGCUUCCAAUCCCUCUGCCGCGCUGAGGACAAGGACGACUUGGAUUUCGCUGUGCUGGUUCCUAAGCUGCUUGGUUGGCCCGCGAAUUCACUUUCGGAUAACGCUCUCUUCCUUGUAGAACAAGCUUAG